AUAACGCCGAACUCAGUGUUUUUGUUUUUGUUUAUUAAUUAACUUUGGCGUGUUAGUCAACAUAUUGUUUACUAAGAGAUGGAAACUGCGAAAAACCUCUUCUACAUUUUGCUGAAGCAAAAGAAACAGUGGCACAGACUACUUGCCCAACUGCACUUUCUGUUAAACUGCAGAACGCAAAGGAUUGUACCGAAGUCAAUUUCGUUUAAGUACAAGGCAUUCCCACCGUGUCUACGAAGGUUUCUUCCUAGUGUGGAAAAGUCUCUCCUCGCAAAGCUGAUUAGGAACAAACGAAAGAUCCUUGCAGAGGCGGAGCUCAGCCUCUAUGCAACACACCUGCAGUUCACCAAAGCUUGUGAGCCUGCUUCACUCUACGAGCAGCUAGGCAAAAUACAGAGUAUAGCGUCCUAUUUUGCCCAGAAGCUAGAAAAGAAAUUGAAUAACAAGCUCCAGUGGUUAGCACGUUCGUCGCACAAUCAAAGAAAAGUGGAGGUGAAUAUCCCAUAUUAUAAUUACACGGAUGAAAACGUGCCCAACAUAGUGCAUAAAGUUCUACAACGGGGACCUAAAUACAUCCCGCCUACCAACGCUAACCUUUCCCAUUUGAUUCCGGCUACGUUAGCAGCACUUAAGUUCUGCAAGAAGGACCCUACAUGCUCGCAAAUGGAAUUGUCCGUAAUUACGAAGCUUACUACAGCAAAACAACGAUCCGGUAAGCCCAGUGGCUUUGUGGACCGUCGAGUGGUAGAACACUUCCUUGCCAAAGCCAACUUGAGACUUCUAGUCUCUGACAAGGACCAGAAGUUUGUGCUGUGCAGAGAAAAUGACUUUUUAACCAGGGCCAACGAAUUUCUAACGCAGUCACAUUCCUCGGAGAUGAGUGAGGACCCUACGCCGAUGGUAUUAAGGAAGGCAAGAAGAAUCAUCGCCUUACCAGGUGUUUCCUCAACCCUAACGGGGUUGCUCGACCCCCCCUCCAAUGUUGCGUGUCCAAGGUUGUUCUUUCAGCCAAAAACACAUAAGACAAACUGGCCGUUACGUCCUCUGGUAAACAAACGGUCUCAUCCCACCUAUUAUUUAGAAAAAGCGCUUGCCAAAUUCCUUCGCGCAAUAGUUCCGGAAUCCCCAUAUGUCACUCCCUCUUCUGUAGUUGCUAAAUCCACCAUUGCUUCAAGUAUUGGGGCACUACAGCCAUGCACCUAUACCUUCUACAAGCUAGAUGUAAUAUCCUUAUAUCCUUCUGUGCCCACCUUUGAGGCUGUAAUGCUGGCUAAUUCGCUGCUUCUAAAAGAGGGCUUUAGCAUCCAACAGGUGCUCGAUAUACGUGAUGCCCUCACCUUCGUCACCGAGCACAAUUACUUCUGUUUCAAUCGAAAGAUCUAUUUGCAAAAACAAGGGGUCCCAAUGGGUUCCCCUUUAUCCGCUAUCCUAGCGGAACUUGUUAUGAGAGAGAUAGAGCGCAGAACGUUCGAUUUCCCGCUUGCCAUCCAUUACCCGAGACUGUAUUUGCGUUAUGUUGACGACAUCCUCAUAGCAUGGGAGGACACAGAGGAGUCGUUCCUCAUCUUCAUGCAACAACUCGCAAGUAUAUAUCCUUCCAUCAAUUUCACUUGGGAAAAAGAAAGGGAUGCGGAAGUAGCGUUCUUAGACUUGCAUAUACGUAAAUUCGCGGAAGGACUACAAUUCUCGGUCUAUCACAAAUCUGGCAUGGCCCCGCACAUUAUACCAGCUGAGGCCUUUCAGCCUUCUCGAUACGUUAACACUGCCAUUGCCUCCCUUGUCAGAAGGGCUUAUUUACUGUCGUCUACGCAGGAGCUGAUAAACGUCGAAUUAGAGAUCAUCGAUAUGGCGGUACGCGCUGCGGGCUUUUCGCGUGCAAAGUUUACGUAUGUGCUCAAUAAGGUAAACAAGGCACUGUUUCCAUGUACUACUUUAUGCAGCAAAAGAGAAUCUUCAAAGGUUCAAGUAGCGUUGCCUUACUUUGGACCCAUAUCUUUACGUAUCUGCAGAAUCUUUAAGCAGCACAACCUUGUUCUACCUUUAACCCCACUUCCAAGCCUACGCAAACUUAUUUGCAAUGAUAGAGACAAAUUUUCCAUUCUUGAGAAAUCGGGGGUCUAUGCUGUACCGUUGGAAAAUCAGGCAAUGGGAGUAAAUACAAGAUAUAUCGGGGCCACCACUAGAAUGCUUUCCAGCCGCCUUGAUGAGCACCAAGACGAUGUUAUGAGGGGAAGACACACCACCGAGCUCGCAAAAAAGGUACUUGAGCAGGGUUACAACCCGCUAUGGUCCCAAGUGGUUAUGCUCAAGAGCUGCAAAGAUCGAAAAACUGUUUUUAUAUGGGAAUCUCUCCUCACUACCACCUUGGACACUUGCAACACCCCUACCCUUGAGCUGCCCAGUGUAUGGGUCACGUUGUAUAAGCGAUUAAGCGAGUACUCGUAGUCUCUAGAAUGCAUGCAGCGAGAGCAUAGCUCUGCGCAUGCGCCAGCUCGCACUUCACGGAGCUAUCUGCUCGUUCGGCUUUCGAAUUAUGUUUAAAUUUCUACGUGUUCUUAACGGCUUUAGCACAAUUUCAAUUUAUAUUACGCGUUCUAUUUUGUGUUCGAUUAUUUUUUGUCUAAAUUGCCUGAGGACGACGACAAUAAGCUCGUCGAAAGUACUAGCGAUAAUAAAACGCAUAUAACGCCGAACUCAGUGUUUUUGUUUUUGUUUAUAAAUUAUUUUAUUGCUCACAAAACAAACAACCACUCAUAAUUAGAAAAUUAAGCCUCGUUUAAAUACUGGCAUCCCUUUC